UAACGAUAGUUUAUUAGUUGCGUUGCUGUUAUACGCGUGCGCUCAUAAAAUAUACACAAUCACGCACUUGAUAUUUCUCUCACUCACAUAUAGCUUUAGCUGUAAUCUCUCCCAAUAUUUUAAGACGACCUGUUCACAUAAUGAAUGCACUGUACAUGCACAUGCAUGUAUUCCACUUAUAUAUACUUAGAAACGUAAAUAUACUUUCAGCAGCGCUGAAAUCUUAGUAAAAAAAGAACUGACUCGUCCAAAGCACUAAGAUAUUGAUCACACAGAACAUAAAAAAAAAAAAAAAAAAAUUGUUGUCAGCAAUUCAGAAAUGAUUCAGAGACACAAAGUGGGGUCAGUACCACCAUUCUAAUUUCAUUAGUAAUCCUCUAUUGGUGUAUAUUAGAUUAAACACCAAACGGAACUGAACUUAUGCUGACAAAUCCCCGUCAUUCGAACUCAGACAUAAAAGUGAUAAAACUACUACUACUACUACUACUACUACUACUACUACUACCGUCACCGCCGCUGCUGCUGGUGUUUGACUGCUGCUACUAUGCACGUAAUUAAACAUGAACUUCCAAUACGUACUUAUAAAUGUACAAACACACACGUCACUAUUGUACGACACGGAAGCAUAACGGUAUUUGAUAACACCACGAUGCCAAAUUUUCUCCAUUUCCAAGAGAAGUCGCUACCAGUUACUUUUGGAAUCUUCUUUGAACAGUCAGAUAUCUGUUUACCUGGAAAGAAACAAUGUAGUAAUUUAUAAGUAGAGUUGAAGGAGAAAUGUGGUUCUCUUUCACAACUACAGAACGUGAUAUCUUAAAACACCCUUUGAACAAAUUCAGAUAAAACACAAAAAAAUAUACUCCCAUCAGAAACGUUAUUUGGAGAAAAUGUCAAACCGCAAGAAGUACGGUUCAGUGUCCAGAUCAGAAUACGAUGAUACCAUUUUGAGAAAUAAUGUACGUGCGGACAAUCGACUUAGCCGUGAAUUGAAGGAUGUCGAACGUGCUCAGAAAGUAACAUUUCGAGAUAUUUCAUUUGAGACAAAGCGUCUCCGUAACAAAAUUCAAAGUGGAACUGCUCCUGUAGCAAAAAGCGACCAUUUACAAAAGAAGUUACUGGAAAUAUCGCGAGAACAGACAGUGUCUGCUCAGGCGCGGACAAGUGUACUUCAUAUUGAUACUAACAUGGCUGAAUACAAUGAAAUGGUCGAAUCUUCAACGCCUGAAGCACUUUCUCAGGGCUCCAUUAACAAUCCGAAAGAAAAUACUCUUCAAUCCAAUGGAAAAAGUAAGAGAAUAGGAAUAACUGUUGAAAAUUCAGAUAAAUCUGACUAUAACAAAGAAGCAGAAAAUGAUGGCAAUGAAACUACACAAGCAUCUAGUCAAGUGAAGAAUGAGAAACGAAACAUAUGGGAUUCACUAAGUAUCCCGAAGCAUUCAAACAACGUUAAAGCAGUCCGGCAGCGUUUACAGUCAGAAUUCCAAAGUAUUGGUUUACCAGUAAUGUCUUCACGGCAAACGACUUCCCAGCUUCCACCUGUACAUGGCCAGAGUAUUAAACGUAAUGCCAACCAAACUGUAAAACUUUGACGACCGGUAUUGAAGAAGUAAGUUGUAUUGAUUGUAGAACAUGGUUUAGAGGAAUAAAGCUGAAUAUCACCAUUCUUUUGCAGUCAUGGGCUCAGGAGCAUUUUAAUGCAGGCUGAAAAACAGACACAAUGAUGCAUGUUGGAAAACAGACAUAGGGAUCCAUGCAUGCACACACAUAUACAUAACUAGAUGUACACAAGGAAACACAUUCAUCCAUUCCAAACCCACCGAAGUAGAGAGAAAGUCACGCAUAUAUUACGGAAAUAUAAAAUAAAAGUAAUUGAUAAAAAAAUCUGACGACUUUUAUUCUCUUGUAUGAAUUAAAACUUCGUUAUUUGGAUGUAUUGAUAAAGGAUUUCACAAUUAAAAAAAAAAACAGCUUUCUUUUCUGUUACACAUUUCAGUGUACGAUGCAUAUAGACAGGAAUUUAUUAGCAGAUUUUGUGAAUAUAUCAUAAAUAUCAGAGAUUAUCUGAUUUGUUAUGAAAUUAGGAAUAUAAAACAAUAAACCGAUGUAUCAGAUAACCAGGAGGUUCAAGCUCGUCUAAACUUUUCAUUAUAUAUUGGUCAAUCUCAUCAAAGUAACAGAAAUAAUUGUAAAUAUUGCACUGUUAAUGAACAGCUAAACUUCCAACUGAAAAGAGUGAAAGCUAAAAUAUGGAGCACAAGGUAUGGAUUUUAUCGUCUACCAGGAUAUUAUUAGUCCGCUCAUGUUCGCUUUUCAUUUUCAUUUUUGGACAUUUGAGUCGGCAAAAUGUUUAGCAACAUUUGUCUGUCUUUUUGUUCUGAGUUCAAAUUCCGCCGAUGUGGAUUUUGCCUUUCAUCCUUUCGAUAACGAUAAAAUAAUGGUCGAGUACUGGGGUCGAUGUGAUCGACUUACAUCUACCACAAAUUAUCUGGCCUUGUGCCAAAAAUUUGAAACCAAUAUUGAAACACUAGAACAGCAAUAAAAUCAUAAAACACAA